AGGAGGUGCAAAGAUCUUGGAGAUUACGACCAUCAUACGGAGAGACUUCUGAAUAACUCGCGAUUGUCCGGCGUUAUUGACCGGGUCACAAUGAUCCCAUUUCUUGCGAGGCAUCCUCCACGUACUCGAGUCGCUCAUCUGAACAAGAUUUUUUUCGACGAGGGCCGUUCAUACAUCGAAUUCAAGGGCGCUUCAGACCGGUAUCUAGUCAUCAAUCGGCUCCCCCCAGCUCCAAUUGAUGAGUCGGCCAGCAAAAAUGGUACUAGUAGCCAAGCGAUUCCAAGUCCGCCUAAUUGCGCCCUGAACCCACCGUUGCAUUGGCAUUCCAGACAGGAGGAACUCUUUCAUGUUCUGGAAGGCAAGGCAGCAUUCUAUGUCGAAGGUCGAAAAUGCAUCGCGACUACCGGAGAGGUAGUCAAGAUUCCAGAAGGCGCCUUUCAUACGUUUCGAAACGCGAGCUCCAAACAUGAUCUGGUCGUUGAAUUCGUUUUGGAGCCGCGGAACAGGGAGAGAGAUGAGGAAUUCUUCAGGAACACGCAAACAUAUCGGGACGACUGUAACAAGGCUGGAAUACCACGCAGCAUGUUUCAGGUUCUCCUCUUCAACCACAGAGCCAACGUUGUCCUUGCCUUGCCUGGUCCCCAAUUUGUCGCGAGGCCACUGGGACUGUUGCUAAAUUUCUUUGGAGCCUGGAUCGGCAGACUGAUCUUUGGAUUCCAGGACUCGUACCCGGAGUACUAUGACGGAAAAGCGGACGCUCAUCGUCGCUGAUCCAUUCCCCUUCCAAUGAGCCUUUGGAACCCGCAAAGGACUCUAUCUUCCUUGGACCAGGGCGCGAUAUUGACAAUAGUGUAAAGUGGCAGCAAUGUCCCUUGAUAGUCCCUUGGACUUGUGGUCUCAUUGACAUCGAGCGGAAAGUGACCGAGCCACAGCCGGAGACCAGUGCACAUUGCCGGCACAUACGUUUUGUUGCGACGGUUCUAUAUCUGCCGGACUUCACGAUCCGAUACCAAGCAGUCUUGUCGUAGACAAAGGAUAGGGCACGGUGAAUUCGGCCAAGCUUGGAAUGAUGGAUGCUGCAAGAACAAAAGGCCCGCCUACCUGGUUGGUCUAGCGUACGGCAGCCACUGGUUUCCAGCCGCCAGUAUUCCAUCCGAAAGGUGAUAGUGUCUCUGCCAGAUUAUGUACUGCUCCAUCCACGAAUCAGGUAUAUUGACCGCCCAAUGGCAGGCCCAGAUGGCCAGUAACCAAAGACUAGACAUUGCGAAACCGAAUUCUUGCAGUU